AUGUCCACAUCUACAGAAUACUCGCCAAGCUCAUCCUCAUCCUUCACCAUCAUCGCCUCACCAGCACCCUCCUACGUCUCGACCCACCUCCCCUCCAAACUGAAGUCCUUCUUCAAGAUUGGUGGCGUAAAGCGGUACAACACCACCAACAGCGACUGUUCGCAACCUCCAGCCUACCCAACAGCGGCUGACAACAAGACUUCGUUCCUCAGAAGAGUAACCUCAACCCCAAACAACAAGGCCGCCAUCCUCGCUGCAGAAGAGUCACAUAAGCACAAGAACAACACCACCCAAGGGCACCUAGGCGUCGGUGGCUACGACCCAUCUUCACCCGCCGCAAAAUCUAACACCACCCUCAGUUCCACCAUGACCUCGUCCACAUCCUCCGCCGGCACUGUCACGACAAAAUAUAGUCCUAGUGUAUCGAGGCUGAGUGGGUUGAGACUCAACAUACCCAAGAGCCCUAAUGGAUCUCUAGGAUCAGGACCAGGAGGAGCAUCGGCAUUGGAUCUGAGGCGCGUUGGGACGUUCCGCAGGACGUAUUCUUCGAAUUCGAUCAAAAAAAAGUCGGUGGAGGUGACGCCUAGUAGUUUUGUCAAGAUCCGGCUCCUUGGGAAGGGCGAUGUUGGCAAAGUGUACCUUGUUCGGCAGAAGGAUACCGAGCGUCUUUAUGCCAUGAAAGUGCUGUCAAAGAAGGAGAUGAUUCGACGCAACAAGAUCAAGCGGGCAUUUGCAGAGCAGGAAAUCUUGGCCACAUCCAACCAUCCCUUCAUCGUCACCCUCUACCACUCUUUCCAGUCUGAGGAGUAUCUUUAUCUUUGCAUGGAGUACUCUCUGCAAAUGCGGCCAGGGAAGCACUUAUUGGAGGAAGAUGCCAAAUUCUAUGCGGCAGAGGUCAUUGCAGCACUAGAGUACUUGCAUCUCAUGGGCUUUAUCUACCGUGAUCUGAAGCCCGAGAACAUUUUGCUGCAUCAGACGGGACACAUCAUGCUCACGGACUUUGAUCUCUCGAAACAGUCGUCCCCAGCAGGCGAACCGACCAUUGUCAAGAACGCUUUACCUUCCAUGCCUCCUGCUAUCGAUACAAAGUCAUGUAUUGCCCAUCUCCGGACAAACAGUUUUGUUGGGACCGAAGAAUACAUUGCACCAGAGGUGAUCAAGGGCCACGGCCACACGUCCGCCGUCGACUGGUGGACAUUAGGCAUCCUGAUCUACGAAAUGCUCUUCUCCUCCACACCAUUCAAAGGUCGCGACCGCAACGCAACCUUCUCUGCCAUCAUGGAAAAGGAAGUCACCUUCCCCACCCCUUCCCCCUCUUCCUCCCCUUCCACCUCCAACCUCAACCACUCCAACAACUACACCGGCACAGCCUCCCCACAAAACAUCACUCCCGCCUGCAAAGCCGUCAUCCGCGAAUUACUCAUCAAAGAUGAUCAAAUCCGCCUGGGGUCGAGAGCAGGCGCAAGUGAUGUGAAGCAACAUGCGUUCUUCAAGAAUACCAAUUGGGCAUUGUUGAGGCAUUUACCGCCGCCAAUUAUCCCACAGCAGAGUUUUGGUGCGGAUGCGGUGAAUUUUAGGCAGAUGACCGAGAGUGUUAGUUUGGACAUUGAAGGUGAAGACAUGGUGAAUCAGAAGAUGGAGUUUGAAGGAGGAGGGUAUGGGGGUGGGGCAGGUGGUAAGAACCCUUUUGCAAAGUUCAGUUCAGUCACACUCCUGCACGAUGGCGACGAUGACAUCUGA